AUGGAUAGCGAUGAGUAUAAAAAAGAAGUUGAAGCAAAUGUAAAGGCAGAAAAACUUUUACAGUUGCAAAACCAAACCGUACAGUAUGAAAACUUAGCACAAGAAAGUAAAAAUAACGACGCGGCUAUGCAAAAGGCAAUGAAAAGCGCAGAAUAUAUAAAAGCUAACAAUGACUGGUUAGAUGCCCAAGCCAACGCUAAAGCAGCCCAGCUUAUAGGGUCAAUAAGGACAAAAAUACAAGCGGAUGAAGACAGUUCAAAUGAAGCUUUAACAAAUGCUGACUUUAAGAACGCUUUCGAAGCUCUUCAUAGUAAGGUGAAACAAGUGAACGACUUCUCAUCUGGAAAGAAACUGAAGUCUGAAGGUUUCGACAAAGAGUUAAAAGAAGUAGCACAAAAUAUGACGAAAAUAACAGAUGCAGCAACGAGACAGGCAGUUCAAAGUGCCUAUGACGCCGUUAGAGCAACUGUUGUGAAAAGUCAAGAAAAAGAGUUACAACAGACCAAAACAGACCUAGUAAAUGCUUUCUUAAGAACGAAAAGUCAGGUAGGACAUUACGCUGCAGAUGGAACAUAUGUGCCAGCUGGUGGAACUUAUAUACCACCAAACCCUCCAAGAGAAGCACCUGCACCAGGACUACCUAAAACAUUUACAUCGUCACAUGGACAUAGACACAGGCAUGCACCAAAACCAACACAACAACCAACAGUUCAAAAUCCAGCACAACAACCAACACAACAACCAACGCAACAACCAACAGUUCAAAACCCUGCACAACAACCAACAGUUCAAAACCCUGCACAACAACAACCACAAACAGAGCAAGGACAUAAAAGAAGUAGAGAACAAGGAAACCAAGAAUUCUUAAAAAUGCUUAAAGAAGAGUGUGGUUUCCCAGAUACUGUUGACUUUAGUGACAGAUAUAAAGAAGCUAUUGGAAAGUUCAAGGAUGGAAAUACUGACCCGAACCUAUUUAGCUUUAUGGCUCAGCACCAAAACGGAUAUAAUCUCAAACCUGGAAAAUACAAGCUCGCUAAGGGAUAUGAUUUAAUAGCAUAUCAUCCAAAUGACAUGGAUGAAUUUACUCCGAGAUAUUUGAUGUCAGAGCUAAAUGACAAUUCAACUUUCGUCAUGAAACGCGUAAAAAAUAGAGACGGAACGAAAGAACAAAAGCUUAUGAAUGCGGAUGACGUAGAUAGGGAAAUUGUUGAAAACGGUCUCGGAAUAUAUGAAAUGCCAGCAGAUGAGGUACAAGAAACUCCACAGGAAGAACUAGUUCAGAUACAACCAGACAUGGAAGAAAUAGUUCAGCAACAACAGCUAGAAGAGCCUGAAGGAAACGAACAAGUCCUUCCUUUGGAAACUAACUUCACAGAACUAGAUGAAGAUUUGGAACAGCCGAAAAAUCUUGACCCUCAACAAGA